UCUGGCCGCAUGGUCCUCCUCUCUGCAGACGGAAUGAACUUCAGCUCAGAAAUGAGGUUAAAUCAAAAAGUCUUCGGUUAUUUGUUUAUUUAGUCUUUUAGGUUUAUAUAUUAAUAGUCUAAAUCUAAGUAGGUUUGUAUUUAACUGUUAGUCCAACAUGCUGUUUUGAGCAACUGCAGUGUUUAAAAGGCUGUUUGAUAGCGGACACUGAAGCUGCAGAGCUCUCCGUUGACAUGGAUUUCCCACCGAGGAAGCGGCUGAAGGGCCAUGAGGUGUCAGCUGGACCCGACCCGUUUGACGACGACAUCGAUUUCACCCAGGACGACCUGGCCCAGAUUGACAUCAUUGCAUCACAGGCCACCACUGGAGACGGUCAGAACAGCGGCUCGAAGAAAACGUUUGGUUCAGUGUUCGCUUGCCCUGACGAGCAGAGCAAAGUGCCUGUGAGAUCCGGCCGAAAAACAUUUACCCUCGGAGAAGGUUGCAGUAGCAGCAAUUCAUAUACCAACAAAGAACCACAAAGGAAACAUGUCUUUGCUGAUGAGCAUUCCAGUAAAGACAAAGAAGAUCUGUACUACAAACAAUUAGAGGAACAACAAGCAGAGCUGAAGAAAAAGCUGAAAGAGGUGGAGGAGGAGAUCCUGAUGAAGAACGGCGAGAUCCGAGUGUUGCGGGACUCUCUGAGACUGGCCAAUCAGGAGAAAGAACAGCAGAGGCAGAGCCAGCUCGCUCUGGAGAAAGAGAAAGCUCACGCUCAGAGUGAACGAGAGAAGGAGCUCUCCAGGAAGGUCCAGUCGCUGCAGUCAGAGUUGCACUUUAAAGAAGCCGAAAUGAACGAAAUGAAAGGGAAGCUUCAGAGUGUUGAGCGUGGAGGAAAGCUAACUGGCACACCUGCGCGAAACACUGUCCACUCUCCUGCGGGUCGUUCAUUUAUGACGAAGGAGAGCUUCUUAGCUGAGCUGUCCAAGAGAAAAUCUCCAAUCAAAGGCCAGUUAUUAGAGGAUGGGAAACCAGCUCAGUCCGAAAGUUCCUCAACAGAAGAGCCACAUUCAGAGAGAAACCUCCGAUCAGACCCCCAUCAGGAAGAUUGUCCAUUACUAAAACUUCUGCUGCAGCAACCACUAGAUCCGAGUUCUCUGGGUCUCUGUCACCUGCUGUCAAUCAGUCCUGACACUCUGCCAAACGUCCUAACACAGCACGGCUACAUCACCCCGGAAUCGUUGGCAAAUUCCAGCUCAUCCUCUACAGAAUUUAGAGCGUUUCAUCGCCCACAAGCUCGAUUUCACGAACUGCAGAAUCUUGCUAUGUCUGCACUGACCACAAUAGCUCUCCGUCACCCUACAAAUGUAUCGCGUAACGGCGACACUGCUACUCUCCAACGAAGCUGCCCUGCCGCGGUCCACUUCCUCCCCCUACUCUCCUACCACAUCAGCACAUACUCUCAGUCGCUGGAAUCUGUUGAGAGUUCUGGAAAGACAUCGCUUCAUGGAAGCUCGCUGUCAAGUUCAUCUGACUCCAGCUUGGCCUCAAGUCUUGAGGAAUCGCUCAGCAGUCAAGAAGAGUUUGCAUUGGCUGCCAUGAAAGCUCUUUAUCACCUAGUGUGCUACAGCAGUGAAGCUCUGGAGAUGAUGUUAUGCCACCCAGAUGGAGAGAUCCCAGAGCGAUCCGAUGUGAACGGGCCACAGUGUUCAAAGAAUUUCCUCGACACUGCAGAACAUGUGAAUGGAGAGAGCCCACACAGGUCCCACACCCAAAUCCCUCUACUCAGGAGGCUUCUACAGUUGGCAGAUCCGGGGUUCCUUACCGGUGCUGGCCAGAAGGAGGCAGUAGUGAGCACCAGUCUGAGGGCUCUGUGUAUGCUAGCUGAGAAAGCACAGGAGGACCAACUGCUGAGACUCAAGGUUGUCAUGUCAAGUCAAGUGUUGACGAAAUGCCUGACUCUGGAGACUUCCUGCAAAAUAGUCCAUCUGUCUGUGAGGUUCCUAUCAUGUAUCAUCUACAGUGACGAUAUGGCCACUAAACUCUGUUCACAUGAAUUUCCAUGUCUUCUUCUGAGAAUAUUCCAGUAUGUCACCUCCAGGCCAGAUAAGUUUGUUUCAGAGGACGCGUGGAGUCGUUUGGAACUUGAGGUUAUCGGGUUAUUGACCAAACUUUUGAUGCAAAAGACUGGCACAUGGGCUGCUCUGGGUGAAUCAUCCUGCCCGUGUAUAAACGAGGUGGUGCGGACGGUGGUGGUGGUUUUACACAAGCAGUGGCUGAGAACGAAAAGGCGAGAAAGUCAAAUGGUGAGUAAUCGCAUCUGGACGAGUACUGGAUUCCAGGUACUGCGAGAGUCGCUAAUGCUGCUGCACUGGCUGCUGUUAAACGACUCGUCAUUUUCUGAACACUGUCUGGACGUGCUGCACAUGUACGAUCAGGUCAUUCCCGCCAUCAGAGACACAUUCCGACUGGUCCCAGAUCUGUCCGAGAGUGAAGAACUGGCUCUAGAAGAGAUCUGCCGCUCUGAAACCGAAUAUGUUGAAGACAUGGACACGGGGCCUUAAUGAUAAAAUGUAAAGUGAAGUCAGAAGUUUUGCAAUGAACAAUGUCUCAUGUUUUUCAUGUC